CUUCUCACGCUCUCCCCUCCGCGCUUCCAGCAGGUUGAAAAGUAGUCCCCCGGGGCCGGCCGCGGUGAUUGGCGAUCGGCGAUCGGCGGAUGGUUUGGGCGGCAGACGGUGGGCGGGGCGGCGUGUGUAAAUGGAUGGAGUGGCGUCUGACCGCCAGGGCUACCCUCUCCACACGUGCGCCACCGAGAUGUUAUCCAACCCCAAGGGGAAAUGUGGGAGGUAAAAAGACCUUCCGCGGUGUACAGCACCCCCACCUCGACCCGGAAACAAAAUCUUUUUUUUUUUUUUUUUUAAACUGUUCGCCCGCUGGAGGAGUGAGAGGCAUUGACGUGUCGGGAAGCCUGGACGGCUUCUAGCGUUGCUAAGCGACGAGGCGGGGGAGUCAGCGCGUUCUCGGGCCGCUGGGGGGACCUGAGGAAUCCGUGGCUGCAGCUGCUCCGAGGAGACUCUGCCCCGAGCCAGCGCGCCGCGCCCUCCCGCGCCCCCCUCCCGGGGACCCCGCACCCCAGCGAGUGUCCGGCGGCGAAGUGAGGGGUCUGCGGGGCGCCCCGCCGGAGGCUCCGGAGCCGCGCGUCUCCCCCACUCCGGAGGCAGGACAGAGAUUCCUUCUGCUAUCAGAUGUCUUUCUGCUUGACUGAAUUGCACCUGUGGUCUUUGAAGAAUACCUUACACAUUGGGGAUAGAGAUAUUGGGAUAUACCAGUAUUAUGACAAGAAGGAUCAACCAGUAUCAGCGACAGAGCAUGGUAACUUAGAAGCAAAGCAGAAACUGGCAGAAUCACGAGAUUAUCCGUGGACGCUCAAAAACAGACGCCCAGAAAAACUUCGAGACUCACUCAAGGAGUUGGAGGAGCUGAUGCAAAACAGUCAGUGUGUGCUGAGCAAAUGGAAGAACAAAUAUGUCUGUCAGCUCCUUUUUGGUUCAGGUGUGCUGGUGUCCCUAGGCCUUUCUGGGCCGCAGCUGGAGAAAGUGGUGAUUGACAGAAGCCUGGUGGGGAAGCUCAUCUCAGACACCAUCAGUGAUGCUCUUCUCACAGACAGCUUUAUCAUCUUAUCAUUUCUGGCACAAAACAAACUAUGUUUUAUUCAGUUUACCAAGAAGAUGGGUUCUCCCGAUAUAAACAAAAGAUUGGAAAAACUCUCAGCUUUGGAUUAUAAGAUUUCCUAUUAUGACAUUCCUGGCCCAGUAAACAGGACAACAGAGCGUCGGCUAGCCAUCAAUAGUACCCAGGAUACAGUUAUUUGCUGGUGGCCACUGAUCAGUGAUGAUGCUUGGCCAUGGGCCCCUAUCUCUUCUGAGAAGGACAGGGCCAAUCUGCUGCUCCUGGGUUAUGCUCAAGGAAGACUGGAGGUUCUGAGUUCCGUCCGCACGGAAUGGGAUCCACUGGAUGUUUGUUUUGGCACCAAACAGACCUACCAGGUGCUGACCGUGGAGCGCUCCCUCAGUGCCGACAAAGAGCCCAUGGCUGACAGCUGCAUCUAUGAAUGUGUUCGGAACAAAAUCCAGUGCGUCUCCGUCACCAGAAUACCACUAAGGUCCAAGGCCAUUAGCUGCUGCAGGAAUGUUACUGAGGACAAACUGAUUCUGGGCUGUGAAGAUUCCUCAGUGAUUCUUUAUGACACUCACCGUAGAGUGACUCUCUUAGCCCAGGCUGAACUUUUGCCUUCAUUAAUGAGCUGCCACCCGGGUGGCACCAUUCUGCUAGUUGGCAGCAUCCAAGGAGAGCUGCAAAUUUUUGAUAUGGCUCUCUCCCCUAUUAACAUCCAGCUCCUGGCCGAAGACCGCUCACCCAAGGAGACACUGCAGUUCAGUAUGUUUUUCAGUGUUUCCAGCAGUCUCGUCCAAAUGCAGUGGGUAGCUCCACAGGUGGUUUCUCAAAAGCCCGAAAGUGAGGACAUCUGUGACCUCCUCUUCCUCAAGUUCAACAGAGGACCUAUGGGUGUUCUUUUAUUUAAACUUGGUAUCUUCACUCGAGGACAGCUGGGCCUGGUAGACGUUGUCUCCCAGUACAUUCACUACGACCAGGUCUGUGAGGCGAUAAGCAUCCUGAGCAGCAUGAACUGGGACACACUGGGCCACCAGUGCUUCGUCAGCAUGAGCGCCAUCGUGAACCACCUUCUCAGACAAAAGCUUACCCCAGAGAGAGAAGCACAGCUCGAGGCAAGCCUUGGAACCUUCUAUGCGCCAACAAGACCACUCCUGGACACAACUAUAUUGGAAUACAGAGACCAAGUCAGCAAAUAUGCCAGGAGAUUCUUCCACCACUUGCUCAGGUACCAGAGAUUCGAAAAGGCAUUUCUGUUAGCUGUUGACAUCGGUGCCCGAGACCUGUUUAUGGACAUCCAUUACCUUGCACUAGAUAAGGGUGAAUUGGCACUAGCUGAAGUGGCAAGAAAAAGAGCUCGAGACAUUGAUGCAGAAUCAAUAACCUCUGGAGUAGAACUCCUGGGACCUUUAGACAGAGGGGACCUGCUAAAUGAAGCAUUUGUUGGCCUGUCUUUAACACAUCAAGAAGACGACACAUUUCCAGAAAAACUCCCUCCCUUUUGUUCAGUCCACAGACAUAUUAAUCAACAAAGAACACUGAAUGUCUCCUCUAGCAGACAAGUAUUUGACAGAAGGAAUGAGCUUGACAAAGACGCCUGUGCUGAAGCUUUCCCGGAUAAGGCCUGUUUUAAGAGAGGUAAUGAAGGAGAAAUAAGAGAAGACUGCAUAGGGCAGGAAAUUGGAGAUGGUGGUUCUCUCAGAUUGAUUCACUUUGGUUUGGUGUAAAUAAUAUGAAAUUUGUGUUUUACUUACUAAAAACCUCCCUGUAUGGAUUAAAAAGAGGAAAGACUGUAUAAAUUAGUUAAGAUUUAAAUUCAGUGUUUUCAAAAUAAAGUUUUAUUCACUUCAAAAACAUGUAGCAUAAUGGCAAAUGAUCCUAAUUAAAGUGCUGUGGUGCUUUACUUAUUUUCAGCAAUGUAAAAUGUUGGAAAGUUCUUAAAUUAUGCAUUAAUUGGUACUUCAAAAGUAGAAUAUUUAAAGUUAGUUCUUCUAAGUAUUUUAAACAUUUGCUCUUGUGAUCUUGUUUACGUCAUUAAUUUGCAUCACAAAUAAAGUAUUAAGCAAAAAUUUCA